AUGAAAUCGAACAAUUUGCUGCAUCGAGAGCAUCCUCCGAAUGAACAGAAGCCUCCAUUAAGGCGGAUAGUCAGCACGGUAUGCUAUGCUGUAGUCGCUUUGAAGAGCAUCGCUUCAAAAGAAAAGCUUGCCAGCUAUUUGAUGAGCAAUGGUUUUGAUGAUAUGCUCUUCGUUAACGAUCUUUGUGACCAUCCGAUCGUAAAGGCAGCUAUAACUACGAGUGCUUCUGAACCACCUGAACAGCCACCCAAAUCACAGGAUUCCUGUGGCCACAGAGCUGAGACAUGUGUUCCUGAGCCAUCUUCAGUCAAAGAGGAACAUGGGAACGUCGGGGAAUUGUCUGCAGUGGAACUCAUUGGUGACUUCGUUUCAAGCGCAGCGACACCAUCGACAAGUCACUCAAACAGCGCCGCAGAUGGUUCUCUUUCGGUAUCAAGUUGCUCAUGUGCGACUGACGUGGGGAAAGUUGAACCAAUCAGUCACAGUGAUCCGGUCCAAUCAAACGAAAGGGCUGGUAGCUCGAUCAGUGCACUAGCUACCAGAGCUAAUCUGGGAGAUGGAUUGUGCUCUUCGGAUGUGUUCAAAGAAGAAGAGUUUCGCCAACGUUUCCGUAUGACGCGAAAUACGUUCACGGCGCUCUGUACUCAACUCGACGGAUGGCAAAAUGUGCGAGAAACACAAGGAGACAUUGAGCGUUCGAGAACCUCUUCAAUGGCUGUCAAAAUCGGCGUCGUGUUGGAUAUAUUGGCUGGAAAUAAUCCAUCUGUUCUCGAGACAGCAACAGCGAAGUCAAAGCCUGUACCUUCUGCUUUUGAUGAAGUGCUUGAUAUCCUGAUGGGCUGGUCCGAGAUGAUGAUCUGCUGGCCUGACGAAGCAGAGCGAAGAAUUGUUAGUGCGAACUUUUUUGAAAUGACUGGCCUUGUCGAUGUAGUUGGUUGUAUAGAUGGAACAAAAAUAUGGAUGGCUCCUACAGAUGCCCCGGCAGACAGGAACGGCCCGCAGUCGCUAAAUGUUGGAUUCGUUGCGGACGACAAAAUGCGGUUUCGAUGGAUUUCUGCAAAAUUUGCUGGAAAUAUCGACGACAAUACGGUCUUCAAACGCAGCAUUCUUUUCGAGCAGUUUUGUGAUGGCACGAAGAAGGGCACACUAAUCGGCGAUGAUUCCUAUCAGCACCAUUUUUUCCUAUUAACACCAUCACAUAUGAUUAGGCAGAAUUCAGACAUGCAGCAAGUGAGAGCGCUCGGUAAAGCCCACGAAACUGUGGUGAGGGCCAUUCAACAGCUAAGGAAUCAAUUUCCUAUCCUGGAUGGCAUCAUUAAGUUGCCAAUGCGCGAAACGUGCGUCAAAGAUCGCCCGCUGUCUGUGCCACCGCUCCGACACACUCUCACUCAGCACAAAUGCAGGCGGACAAUCCUGCUCUAUACGACCAGGCCAAAGCAGACAGAAGGACGGCUCUCUCGAGCAUCUCGAGUGAGAGCCGAGCUCUUAAGUUGA